AUGAUUGAGGCUGAUAUUUUACCUUCUUCAAGUGGAAAUAAUCAUUGGUAUAACUCGUUUCAAAAAUGCACAAAGUCUGAAAGUAAUAUUGAACAAAGACAAUUAUCCAUGACCAAGGAUGAUAUGUAUCAUGUCAAAUUAUUUCGUAUAACUGCUCCAAUUCCACUAUUGAAAGAACAAAAAUUGGAAAUUAUUGAUGUACCAGACAUAUUUGAUAUUGUUGGAAAGGUAUUCUCACAUCACUCUGCACAACGUUCUCCUAAAAUGUUUGUUUAUACUUAUGGAGGAAAAUAUACUAGUAUGAAGAAUGCUUCAAUAGAAUUCUUAAAUUCUCUUUCAGAAAAAGAGGUCACUGAAAAAGAAAUAGAAUUCUCUCAACUUUUAGAAGAUUAUUUUGAUUACAAGUUUGAUGAUGUACCUUUUGAUAAAUCAAAUAGAGUCAGUGAAAUUAUUGGCAAGGUGGAAUUUGUAGAACCAAAAGUUCAAGUUUUAGAAUUUUUGAAAGAUAAUUUCAUGUUAUAUCCAAUUCCAAAUUUAGAUUCUAAAAAUCAUUCAAAUGAGUUAAAGUUGACUAAAAGAUAUUUCAAGUUGACUAUAAUUAGAGAUAAACUCAUUAAAGCUACAAGACUAGUUGAAGAGAUUAGUAGAACAGCAAUUCUUUGCUUACCUAAACUUAUUUCUAGCUCCAAAUAUCAGUCUAAAAAGCUUGAUGAAUUUAAUUCUUACUUGGUAAAUUUAAAGACUAAUAAUUAUUCAAAGAAGGAAAAAGCAGGUAAAAUUGAUAAAUGGUUGGGAGAUAACUUUUUAACAGAAGAGUUAGAAUUUAAUAGUGAGUCUAAAGCUCACAACAGUAUUUUAAAGCAUUUAAAACUAUUAGAAGACAAUAUUAGAACAUUAGCAGAAACAUAUUUUGUUUCAGAAUCAAGUGGAAAUGAUUGUGAAGAUUACAAGGGUUUUAAAGCAAUGGUUUUACCAAUGUUUGAUGUUGAGAGUGGUGAUCAUGUCAUUCUUGCAACAGAAACCAAAGGUGUAUUGAAAGAAUUAUUAGGAACCUAUUUAAAUUCUAUUAGUAGUAACAAAUAUGAACCUAAUUUCAAUCAACAUUAUGCUCACUUGCAUUUAUUUGAAACAAAUUCCAAAAAAUCUCUAUCUCUACCAACUAAAUCUUCCUAUUCAGAUAUUGAUGAAAUGAAACAAGCAAAGUUAUUUAAUAAUAGAGAUGACGUUAAUAAUUGUUUUAGACAUGAUAAGACUAUGGCUAAAAUUAUUGCUGAAUGUGAAAACAUUAAGAAUAUACUCACUUCUCAAGAUAAGAAUCGUUGGAUUUCUGAUAUUUCACCAUUUUUAGAAAAUUUAAAAAUAGUUGAUAAUGAAAUUAAUUUGAGAAAAAAACAAACAUCAAAUUUAGAAUCAACUUUCAAAUCUUCAUUCUUUUCAAUGAAUAAGGGUAGAGUUAGUUGUUAUGAUGGACGUGAUACUAAAUCAUAUGGAGAUAAGAUUUAUUCAAGAGAGGGAUUUAAUUACAUGAUUUCCAAUGGAGUGAGUGGUGUUGAAACAUUUUAUCUUCCAUCUAUGAAGGAUAUUUUACCAAUUCCUGACAAUUUAAUUAUGAAGAAAUAUGAUGAAUCAAAUCAAGAUUUCAAUUUGAAAACCUUAAUGUUGAAAUUCAGAUGUAACAUGUUAUCAAAUGGAGUUGGAGGUUUCUUUCAUGUUGGAUUUAAAUUUAAAAAGAAGAUACAAAGAAAACGUUGCAGAAGAACUUCAAAGAGAAAGACUAAUUCAAGUUCUUCUUCUACCAUCAAUAAGAAGAGAAAGUAA